AUGGCAGCGACGGUCCCCUUAGCCUCCCGUUCUCGGUCAACUCGUUCGACACGGUCGCUCUUCCCAUCAUCCUUCGCAGCCCGCCUGUCUGCUCUCUUUCUCUCUCUUCCUCCCCGCAACCGAACGACUGCCAACUUGAGCCGAGCCGACAAGCAGCGAGCCCCAGAGCAUCAUUCACGUCCUCACGUCCCCAUGGCUCAGUCUACAACCGCUACAGCAUUCCGAGCCGGUCCCAACGGCGCCCCGGACAAUCAUGCCGACUUUCUCGCCCGAGUCGCUCAGCGAGAGGCGCGCAGCAGGGGCACCAAACGGCCCGCACCGCUGUCCGCCGAGGCGCAUGAGGAGAACCGAAAGCGGCUGCGUCGAGUGACCUUUGUCAAGCCUGUGUAUGCUGAUGAAACCCAGAUCAACGUCGCUGGCGUAUUCAGGAAAUGGAAGCGCUACUGUCAGGAAAAGAAGGUCGGCGAUUGGGAGACGACGUUGAAAGAUCUACCGCGAGAGACGACGAUGGAUUUUUUUCUCUUCGUCUGCGGCAACUACAAAAUCAAGUCGUGGGGUACUCUGGAUGUGUAUAUUCGCCAAUUCCAACAGUUAUACACCACAGUCACGGGUCGUUUCAUGGACCGCAAUGAGUCGAAGGAAGUGUACAAGUACAAUCGUCAUGUCUUGAUCCCUCAGUUCGGCCUUCGUGCGCCCAACAUCGACGCCAAGCCAGUCGUGAGCGCGGCCGGGUUGGAGGUCCUCCUGGUGUUCAACAUGGCAUACGACGAGAGCAUCUUCCCCAGCGAACGGCACCGCGUCCAACUCGCCUGCUGCUACAAGAUUACGUGCUAUACCGGGGCGAGACCCGGCGAGCUGGUCGACAACGAGAGGCGAAAGCCCAAAGACGGCUCAACUCAGCAGCUCUUCGGCUCCAAGGUCGUGUCUUCGCCCAGCGCCGACUGCGAAGCGGGCGAAGGCCAGGAUGACGAUGUCGCGCCUGAUGAGGCAUCCCGGCGGCUAGACGUGCUGUUGUCGGCGGAAACCAAGGCACGCGGUCGACCCAAGGCUCUCUGCUACGAGGACAUUCAUCUGAUGAUUGUCCGCCACCCGAGGACGGGACGGGCAGUACCCGCCAUGGCUAUCAGGUUUACCCAUCACAAAGGCGCAGAUAACAGGCCGAAACCUACCGUCUUCUACUUUACGCCGACGAGGAAACUCGUUUUUUGUGUCAUCAGCGACAUCAUCGCCCUCGCGCUUCACGACGGCGCCUUUGCCGCGGCGAGCUUGACAGACGCCUCUCAGGUGCUAGGGACCAAGAUCCCUGCCUGCAAGCCGUCCACACAGCUACGGUGGAAGGAGUCUAUGCUCAAGGUCCCCGUUUUCCGCCGCUUUGACCGCAAUGGCGAACUCUCCAAAGAUGAAGCCAUGCUCUAUGCCAAGUUCAGAGAUGACAUGGCUCAACAGAGCGAGAAUGCGGGGUUCGAGGUUCGCUGGACGCCAAGGGCCGGCCGCAGAGGAGCCUCAAACGCUGCGAACGGUAACGCGCCGGACGCUGUCCGAGAUCAGAUGAUGCGCCACGACCCCAAGUUUCUCACGUUUCACAGCGCCUACCUUAAUCAGAUGGUCGAGUUUGACUUGCAGAAUACCUUUCUUGAGGAACAGACAGAGAGCGAAUUGUACAAAUUAUUCGCGCACGUCAGCCUUACCCGUGACCCUCGUGCUAAACGGGACAUGGUGCCUGCAGAAGUAUGGGCGAACCUGCCACCCGAUCCCGAGAUCAUUGAGCUGGAGCAGCGGCGAGCAUUACUCAAGCAGGGGCGGCAUCGUAUCCAGGGUCUAGAGGCCGAAGAAGAGAUACGCAUGCUUACCGAGCAGAUCCGACUCAAGAAGGGACGACGCGUGCACCUGAUCGCAAGAGAGUACCGCCAGUAUUACUUCUAUCACCGUGACACCUGGGAUAUUGACCGGCACGCACGCGGAGAAGACGAAGACGAGUACGUGGAGCCUGUCAUCCAUGCCACUAUACCAGAACGCAAGGGAUUGGCAGAGAUCCUCUGCCACCAGCCCGAGGACUUGACUGAAGACCAGAUCUGCCAACGAAGGAUCCAGUUCAUCGAUCUCAUGGUGGCUCUCUGUCACAAAAGAGAGACGGUCAAGCGCUCCCGCGUCCGACAGAGCGCCAAAGCCUGCCUAUCCAUAAAGACCGAGCCUCUCGAAGCAGAACACGAAACGUUGCCCAGCCCUGAUCGAUUCCCUCUGCUCCUUCACGCUGCUCAAUGUCCUGAUUGCAUCGGUGAUGAGCGACUGUCUCGUGAAGAGCGCGCCUUUACAUACUGCCGCCCGACUGUCAUGAACGACCACUUCGAUGACCAGCACCUGGUUAGGCGCGAGCAGGCUGAGCAGAGCGGCGAGAGGAUCCGGUGUGAGCAUCCCAAGUGCAGAGAUGUCAGACUCCAACAUUUGGACCACUUCCGGAGCCAUGUCCAGAAGGUUCAUGGUGUCACCCUGCGGACGUCAGAGCAAGUGAAGCAGAGGCGACAGCGCAAGGUAAGGCGUCGCCAGAUGGUCAGGGGAAAGCGCCCACAGUAG